AUGAGUAAAUUGAAAGUGUCUGCAGAAUGGAAGAAACGGGUGAAAUCGGAAUAUAUGAGACUACGGCAAAUGAAGCGAUUCAAACGUGCAGACGAGGUGAAGGUAGCAUGGGCGCGAAAUUUAAGAAUCAUGUCCGAGGCAAUAGAGACGCGCGAAACAGAGUGCGCCGAGCGGGGGCGAAGGCCUUUUUGGCCUCCUCCAGCAACCAGCCCUAGCCAUGAAAGUCUAAUGAAGCGAGCGGAAGUUACUUACACUGAUGCAUCAGGAGUUGUAACAACACAACAAGUGCCUAUAAGAAUAAUAAACUCUGUCAACCCCAUUCCUACAAUGUACACUUGGGCACCAACACAGAAGAACUUUAUGGUAGAAGAUGAAACGGUGCUUCACAACAUUCCUUAUAUGGGUGAUGAGGUCUUGGAUCAGGAUGGCACAUUUAUUGAGGAGCUCAUUAAAAAUUACGAUGGAAAAGUGCAUGGUGAUAAAGAAGGAGGGUUCAUAGAUGACCAACUGUUUGUGGAUUUAGUUCAUGCUUUGAUGACUUAUCAGACAAAGGAUGAAGUUGCUGAGGAGAAAAAGGAAAGAGAGUUGCGUAAUUCUAAAGAAGAGAAAGAUAAAGACGUAAGUAAAGAGACUAAUGAGAAAGAGAAAGAAAAGGAAGAAAACAAGGAUCUCGAGAAGAAAACGACCAGUGACAAACAAUUUCCAAUAUUCAUCAUAUUCCAGGCAAUCAGCACUCAGUUCCCUGACAAGGGUACUGCCCAGGAACUUAGAGAGAAGUAUGUGGAGCUGACUUCCCUACGCGACCCGGACGCUUUACCUCCCGAGUGCACGCCCAAUAUCGAUGGACCCUUAGCCGAGUCUGUCUCCCGAGAUCAGACCAUGCACUCCUUCCACACGCUGUUCUGCCGCCGCUGCUUCAAGUACGACUGCUUCCUGCACCGUUUGCAAGCGUGCCAUCCAGGGCCGAACUUGACCAAGCGGAAGGGGCCCGAUCUGAAACCAUUCUCUGAGCCGUGCGGUCCUAAUUGCUAUAUGAUGCUGGAAGGCAUGAGGGAGAAAUUAGCACGAGAGAAGGCGGCGGGUGAGGAAGACAAGGGAAAGACUCAUGCCAUGGACUCUCCCAAUGAUGCGUCAUCAGAGGACAGCAACGACAGCAACCGCUUCCAGAAAGGUAGUAACAGUAACUCGAGUAACAGCAACUGGAGCUCCAUGGGCUGCCAGAACAAGCCCGCAGACUCCACCGCGGACGCCGCGUACAACGCACUGGGUCUGACGGUGGGCGAUAUAGACUCUGAGUGGACGGGCUCGGACCAGUCGUUGUUUAGAGCUCUGCAUAAGGUGUUCCAUUCUAACUACUGCGCCAUCGCUCAAGUCAUGCUGUCCAAGACGUGCCAACAGGUGUACGCGUACUGGAUCAACACGGGGCAGGAGGAGUGCCGCGUGGAGGCGGAGCUGACGCCGCCCAGGAAGAAGAAGAAGAAGCACCGGCUCUGGUCCGUGCACUGCCGCAAGAUACAGCUCAAGAAGGACUCCGCCUCGCAUCACGUUUACAACUACACGCCUUGUGACCAUCCGAACCAGCCGUGCGAUAACUUGUGCCCGUGUCUGCAGUCGCAGAACUUCUGUGAAAAGUUCUGCCAGUGUAGCAGUGACUGUCAGAACCGGUUCCCGGGGUGCCGGUGCAAGGCGCAGUGCAACACGAAGCAGUGCCCGUGCUACCUGGGCGUGCGAGAGUGCGACCCCGACCUGUGCGUGGCGUGCGGAGCCGACGCGCCCGCCGCGCACAGCCAGACCGCCUACUGCCGCAACGUGUCCGUGCAGAGGGGUCUACAUAAGCAUUUACUUCUGGCGCCGUCCGACGUGGCCGGUUGGGGCAUUUUCCUCAAGGAAGCUGCGCACAAGAAUGAGUUCAUCUCGGAAUACUGCGGGGAGAUCAUCUCGCAGGACGAAGCUGAUAGGCGCGGGAAAGUUUACGACAAGUAUAUGUGCUCGUUUCUAUUCAAUCUUAAUAACGAUUUUGUGGUGGACGCAACGCGAAAAGGCAACAAGAUCCGUUUCGCGAACCACUCCAUCAACCCGAACUGCUACGCGAAGGUUAUGAUGGUGAACGGUGACCAUCGCAUCGGCAUCUUCGCCAAGCGAGCCAUACAGCCAGGAGAGGAGCUCUUCUUCGACUACAGAUAUGGGCCAACUGAACAGCUCAAAUUUGUUGGCAUCGAAAGGGAAAUGGAAUUCUUAUGA